ACAUGUAUCAGUUUAGAUGUUGAGCUUUUGGUUUAUUCAUACAGUAUCUAAAGUUUACUCAUUUAGCAACUUGUGUUUUGCAAUAAAAGAAAUGACAAGGUGACCACAUCCCUGUGUAAAGAUGUUUUUGAACCAAUUUCAUAAAGUUAACUUCCUCUUUUUCCUUUUGUAUAAAGUGUUUGUACUUCUGAAAAGAAGCAGAGGGAGAAACUGACCGUUUCAAUCAUUACAUCAGGAUGUUUGUUUUCAUCUGGGUGAUUCUGCUUUUCUCUGUGACAGGCAGCACUGCUGACACGGGUGCCUCAGAAGUGAUGAUAACACAUUGUGAAAAUGAGAACUGUAUAUCCCUGAGUGAAGGAGAGGUGACAGCAGAGGCUGGACUCUGUGUUGUCAUACCGUGUUCUUUCACCUCCAGACCUGGCUUUCCUCCCAAAAAUAUAGUCUGGUACAAAUGUGACCCAUCGAAACAAAGAUGUGGAGAUUCAGACAUGAUAUUUCAUACUAACAAUGACAACAAUGUUCAGUCUGGGUUCAGAGGACGAGUGGCACUGCUGGAGCCUGACAUGAGUCAGAACAACUGCAGCAUCAUCAUCAGUGACCUCACCGAGUCCGACUCUGGAUCAUAUCAACUCAGACUGGGUACUCGUUACUUCCUGUGGGUGCUAAAUGAAUACACAUUCUCACCCAGAGUGACUGUCUCUGUUAAAGAUCUGACCCAGAAACCCACAGUGAUGGUUCCUCCUGUGAGAGAGGGACAGCAGACCACACUGACCUGCACUUCUCCUGGUCUCUGCUCUGGUUCUGAUCCUAAAAUCACCUGGACGUGGAGAGGAACAGGAGAGAAGGACUCUUACAUCACAGGAAACAUCUCUGCUUUCAAGACUGAGAAUGUGACCCCUGUAACACAGCAACACAGCUCGACUUUGACCUUUAACCCGUCAGUCACCCAACACCAUGGCACUGGGGUCAACUGUAAGGUCAGCUUCACAAAUAACAUCACUGCUGAGAAGACAGUGACUCUGAAUGUGACCUCAUAUCCAAAGAUCCUAAAUAGCUCCAAGUGUGAGCUUCAGUCUGAGGUCCUGACCUGUGUGUGUUUCUGUGAGGGGUUUCCUUUACCCACCGUCAACUGGCCACUGCUGAAGAACUACGCUGAGUACUCUGUUAUGACCAUUGUGUCAGGGCACAAAGUCAACAGCACCAUCAGGCUGACUGUGAGGGACCACAGCAACACCAGGGUUGUGUGUGUCAGCAGCAGUGUAGUUGGGGAAGAGCAAUACAGCAUGACCGUCACAACUAUAGAGAGGCAAGAAGCAGAUCAACAUGGACCAAGUGCAGUGCUGCCCUGGGGUGUCACUGCUAUGUCUCUUAUAGUGAAUGUAAUCUGCAUAAUUGUCUUGAUGUUCCUUUGCAACAGGAGAAAAAAAGUGAAACCAAACCAAGAAGAUAGAACUUAUAUGUCACUGCAGAGAAAAGACCUUUCAGAAGAGUAUGAUGUCAUCGCCCGACCUGUGAAGUAACAAAUGUCAGCUUCCACUGACGGUUCAUUCAACAUGUGUAAGAUUUUAUGAUUUUUUUUUUUUUUUUUUUACCGUAUAUUUUGGAUUCCACAGUAUUAUUAUUUUAGUUCCCCUUUCAUGAACCUUUGCUGAGUAUGUGUUAUAUUGCAAAGUCCUUUUCAUGUUGUUGCACCAUCAACACUAACACCUGAGAGAUCUCCAGUAUGAUUGCAGUCAUCUUUGUAGCUGGGAUUGAAGUACAAUGCUGAUUUCUUAACCAGUCUGAAGAUCUGAAACAGUCAUUUUCAAAUUGAAAGAACUGAUAUUUUAAAUUGAAUUGUGAAUAUGCUUAUGAGUUGGAACUGUGUUAACAACUUUAUCUGCAACAAUGUGUUUGGAAUACAUUUUGCAAGGUCAACCCAAAAAGAAAGUGAUAAUUAAGUAUUUAAUAUUUGAAAUAGUUUGCUGGUAAAAUAGUCAGUUUUUGUCAUACACAUUGCCAAAUUAUGCAGGGCUAUAGUCCCACAGAUGCAGGCUCUGUCAGCUGCUAUCUGCAUUUCCCAUGAAUAGUGAAAACACCUCUACAGCACUCCAAAGGCCCUCUCUAUAUCUCACAUGUGGGAGGCUUCAGGAAGGAAGGAAGAAGCCGUGGUUUCAGAGGAUAUGAGUCCCCCAUUAAACUCCAUUAGAUUCUGACAGGUUUUCUAUUAAAGGCUUCUGCAACACUGGGAAACCUCGAAGAGCCCACUUUGUUUAGCUCAGCAGGUUGGUGUGGAAACUGACCACUGACCUUCCGAUUAGAGGACGACCCGCUCUACCUCUGAGCCACAAGCACGAAACCUUUUCUAUUGGACUUAAUUACUGUAAUGAAUAUGUAAAAAAACGACUAUUGUAACAUGUUUGAGUUUAAAGGGUCACUCUGACACCUACCAGAGGAGAUGUGUUGUUUAAAUUAAUCAACAUAUCCCCAUAAUAGAUACUACUUCAAAAAAUGUUGGGAAAAAGACCCAAAAAUGAAGUAAGAAUGCAUUGAAACAAAUGGGGUGAAUGUUUCAUUUUGGCCUGUGUGCAGAAAAAUGUUUUGAAAAUUAUUUUUUAAUGGAAAAGAAGUGAAUACUCAUCAGUAAUCCAUGAUCUGUAAGAGGUGGAAAAACUUUGUACAUUAAAUAUGAUAUUAAUUCAGCUAAAGAUAAUGUUUAUGCAAAAAAUAUAUAUUUUAAAAAUACUUUCAGAUGGCUCAAUUUGACUACAGAACAUUAUUAUUGUUCCUUAAAGUUGAACAUAACAGGAGGGUUAGUGUCACAUUCAACUGAUUCCAUUGUGUGACAGGAGCUAUAUUGUCACAAAACACACAGAGUACACACAGACAACACACAGAGAACACAUAAACAAUGCUCUUUUUACUGAAAGGUUUACAGUGAUGGAGAUAAAGAUCAGGUCUUUGAAUAUGUGAAUAUAUAUGACUUGGUGCAGCUUUAUCAGCAGAGGCUUUUACAUUCAUCCAGUCUGAUCAGUUCCUCUGCUGGGGAAUUGGCGAUCAAGCUUUCAUUCUCUCUGCCAACUCAGACUGCUCUCUCCGCUGUAUGAAGGACGAGCAGGAAAGAAAACCGAGAGCUGGAAGGUGGGAGUGCAAUGCAUUUGAGGAUUUAAAUACCUGGGUUUAAUGAAUAGCAGUGUGUGCAUGGCGAGGUUGCGGAGGGAACAGGGACAGACAAAUGUGUCACUGAAUAAAUCUAUGUAUCUCAAGGCAGAGAUGAUAUUUGAAAAACAAAUCAAGAAUGAAAAAAGGCAGUGCAGAAUUGCUGGUGUAUUCAUCAUAUUUAAAAAGAACCACGGAAAAGGAGGAUGGACCACAAUGUGUAUUUGUCUCUGAAUGUGUGUGUGUGU